GAUGAAAAAUGAGUCAGAGGAGGAUGAGGGCGUGCAUAGCGUUGACGAAGAGGAGCUCUCAGUACUUCAACAGCAUACACUUUUAAAAGCGCCCAGACGACCCAAACCGCCAACAGCCAGACGCUUACCGGCCAAGUAUAUGAGUUAUUUCGAGAAGAAUACGAGAGAAUGCAAUCAAAUGAGAACGUCUAAAUCGAUGCCUGAAUCAGCGAGCUCCUUAUUUAACUCUGAUGAAUGGCGCAUAUCAACGCCAGAUCUUCUACAGCAGAUAGGUACUCUUAUGUGGAUGCAAAAAGGAGACGAUGGAAAAUGGCUAGCUGAAAUAACAACUAAAGCAAGAAUAGGUUAUGAAGUUUACAAAAGAAUUUCGAAGCAAGACACGAUCGAAACCUAUAGAACGGAAUGCUAUUUGGAAAUUGCUAAGUUCAUACAAGAAAAUCCAAAAGCCAAUAAAAAACAAGUAGAAGAAGUUGUUCUACGGGAAGUUGAAAAAUUUAAGCAAAAAGUAGGAACUGUAUGA